AUGUCUACCACCAAUCAAAAGAAUGGCGUAUCUGCCUUUGAUCUGGAGCCAAAUCCAUUUGAACAGAGUUUUGCUUCAACAAAGGAACAGCAAUCUGAAGGUUCAAGCGCACCUCCAAGCCAAGCGUAUUUACCACAAGAUUCACAACAUUUUCAACAGCGGCCAGAGUCAAGACCACCUGUAAACGUUGGGAGAGGUGCAGAUGGAAAGUCGCCAUUCUUAUACGGUUCUCAAAAGCCAAAUAUUCUAUCACCACCACUUUUAACUCCAGGUGGAUUUAGAAGAUUACCACCUCUAUUGCUAUCGCCAUCAUGCGUGCCGUCUCAAAAUUCUGGUGCCAAUAAUAAUAAUAAUAAUAAUAAUAAUAAUAAUAAUCAUCCUCAUAAUCACAAUCAUAAUAAUAACAACAACAAUAAUAAUAACAACGGUGUGGGCGUAGGACCUGUUUCUGCGUCGCAAACGAGUGGGAUUGCUGUAAACAAUAGCAACAACACUAGCUCUACAAGUACAGGUGGAGGCGCUAAUAAUGGUUCUGUCUCCAUUAAAGCAGAACCAAGUCGAACGCCGUCAUUCUUCCUCAAUCUUUCUAAAACUGGCUUAACUCCUAAUGAAUCCAGUUUAAGAACAGGUUUGACUCCGGGAAUACUGGCACCAGGACAACAACAUCAUCAUUAUCCAGCUUUACCAGCACUUAAUGGUGCUAACCAGGUUCAUCCGCAGGCGAAACCAGGCUCGGUGGUUAGUGGUGGUGUUACACCUGCUCCCUUUACACCAUGUCUGGGAUCUCUAUUAGGUUUCCCUGGAACUGCUUCUCCAGGUCAUGUUGGAAGACCUCCUCUCAAUCUCGAAGGUUCUUAUGCAGCUGCUGCUGAGCCAACAAUGGAUCAGGAUAAUUCUGCACAUCUGGCCAGAGAGCCUAAUAACGGACAACACCUGCAGCAUCACUUGCAGCAGCAUCAACAUCCACCGCCCAUUGCUCAACAGCAUCAUCAACAACAGCUACGAAAUCCACAACAACUACAGCAGCAGCAGCAGCAGCAGCAUUUGAAGAGAUCGCCUCCUCAACCAGAUUCUCCACAAGCUCAACAACAGCCAUUGUCGACUGGUAGAAAGAGGAAUACGAGUAAUGCGAGCAAGAGUUCUAAGGCGGCUAAAAAGAGUCAGAGUUCGACUCCAAAUCUUGCGGAAACUAGAAGAUUAUCGAAGAACGAAGAUAUAAGGCCUACCAUGGAUGAGUCUGGGGACAUGAAUGAAGAAGAUCAAGAACGUAAACGUAAAGAAUUUUUAGAGAGGAAUCGUGUAGCAGCAUCGAAGUUUAGAAAGAGGAAAAAGGAAUAUAUCAAACGUGUAGAGAUGGAUCUUCAAUUUUACCAAAAUGAGUACGAAGAUAUGGGAAGAGCGUUAGAUAAACUAUGUGGUAUAAUACCGGGAUCACCAACUCCAGCUGCGUCCUCAUCUCUCAUCUCACUCUUGGAAAAUUCCAUAUCCCAUAAUGAUGUGCCGUCCUCACUGUCGCUUUUAGCGCAUAUGAAGCAAGUGGUUUAUGAGACUAGAUAUUUCCAAAGAAAUGGUAGAAACCCCAGAAGAGAGAUGGAAAGUAACCAUAUGCACGAUACUGACGACGAAGAUAGGCAUCGAACCGACAAUGAUAGUAUAGGUAACGUGAGAAGUAUGAAUGGCAGUACAACGGAUCCUACAGAAUUAAAUCGAAUGAAGAGAUCUUCAUCUAUCAACUAUCCAGGUUCUGUUCCUGCUAAUUUUACUAAUACCGGUUUGCAAUCUCAACAUCAGUCGCAACAACAACUACAACAGCCGCGACAAGAACAGCCUCCACAUACGGCACCAAUUACAACCGGAUCUUUACCUAACUUCCCACCAGAAAGUGGGAGUUUUCAAGGAAUGAUUAAGAAUGAAACUACCGCCCCUUCGAUGUUGCCUGUUUCUUUGAUAGACGCCAGGCAAUCUAGGUCGGAACAGGAGGUAGCUAAUACCAUUGGUACUAUAGGAUCAUUACCAGACGUCAUAAGCAGUAGACCGGCAGCCCAUAUAAAUGAUGUCCAUGCACAGGGACCAUCCCAUGCAGAUAAUAUGUCUGACCUAAAGCACAACUCGUUAGUAGAUCUGGCGAACCAGUCGAUAAGGGCAGAACCUAUGUUACCAAAAUAUCCAAACACAGAAUAG